UCGCAAGGAGUCCUGGGUAUAGUAUUGUUAAGGGCUUAAUUUUUUUCUCUUGGUCUUGAACCGAAAUUGUUUCCGAUCUCCUCAGUUCCACAACCAAAUAACGAAAUGGCUGGUGGUAAGGCAGGGAAAGACAGUGGCAAAGCCAAGGCGAAAGCGGUGUCGCGCUCCCAGAGAGCUGGACUGCAGUUCCCAGUGGGUCGUAUCCACAGGCACUUGAAGACUCGUACUACCAGCCAUGGCCGUGUAGGAGCCACAGCGGCCGUGUACAGUGCUGCCAUCCUCGAAUACCUCACCGCUGAGGUGCUGGAGUUGGCUGGCAACGCUUCUAAAGAUCUGAAGGUGAAGCGCAUCACUCCUCGCCACUUGCAGCUCGCUAUCCGUGGAGACGAGGAGUUGGACUCCCUCAUCAAGGCCACCAUUGCUGGAGGAGGUGUGAUCCCUCACAUCCACAAGUCCUUGAUCGGGAAGAAGGGCCAGCAGAAGACUGCAUAGACAGACCAUCUUGUUGACUGUGAAGGCUUGUAUUCUGACUGGACUGUGUUCGCAGACGCUUGUAUUCAGACUGACUUGACUGACCAGAACUUCACAUUUGAUAUUUUAUUAUUAAUGUUAUAGCUAACAAUGAGUGAUUAAGGUUUUUUUCAUUAUUGUAAUAUUUCCCAUAACAAGAAAGAAACUCUAAGACAAACACAUUUCUAUUAGGGCUGGGCGAUUAUGGUCUAAAAAUCUGAUUCCCCCUUUGUCUCAACUUAUGGACGUUCCUAAAUGUAAUUAAAAAAAAAAAAAAAAAGUUAUUGUAAUGGUCAUACACUGCAUUUUAAAACAGUCAAGCAACAAUCUAAUUUGGGGCUUGAAAAAUUAUACCUAGGCUAAAUAUAAGCCUUCCACAACACACUAAUUAUUUUAUCAUAGUAGUUUAAAAUGCUUUUUUGCAAUCACUGAUCUAGCUUUCAAGUUUAUUAAAAUUCCCUUUUCUUACAAAUUUAACCAGAAGCAUGCAUAAUAUACAUUCACUAAUAAUUAACUUAUUGUAGCAGGCAUUAUAGAAAAUUAACACCGGUUUCAAGUACAAGCCCACUUGCUAGUAGGUAGCCAGCUAAUCUUUAUAUUUCAAGUUUUACUAACUUGGAUCUAUUUGCUAGCUAACCAUGCAGAACAGUGGAGUUAUGAACACACCCUUCUGUCUCCAACGGUUUAAACAGCAUGCUAUCCUGUCUACUUUGUUCAGAUUUUUAAAUUAAGUGGCCUACUUAAUCAGAACGAGACAUUGCCAAUCAUUAUUUUAUCCUUAUUGCAGAUUUAAGACUAGACCGCUAGUAUACGUCUUUGCUAAAAUGCUGCUCGCUGUACUUGGAAGUGCAAUGCUGCAUGUGACAAACUGAGCAUAAAUUCUGUUAGUCUGCUCUGUGUGCAAUUUCAGUAGUUCAGACAAAGGGUAUUGUUAACUUCUCUAAAGUGUCCAUAUGAUUUUUUUUAAAUGAUGGACCAAACCUUAAUUAUCAGAUCUGUCCAAAAUGAGCCCAAUGGUUUGAGCUUAGCUUGGAUUUAAGCUUGUCCCCUGCCUUCCCAUCUUUGGACAACUCCCAUUUUUAGGGUGGAGACGUUCAUCUUGUCAUGAUAUACAGUUCUCUGGUGUUAGUGGGAAGGAGCUACUAAGUCGAGACCAAAAAGACAUGAGAACAAGCAGACCAUAACACUCAUAAAAAUGAAAAAUACAAACAUUGAUUCUUGUGAUAUAAGCAUUUGGAAUAUCGCUCAAAUUAAUUAGAUCGCUCAGCCCUAAUUUGUAUGCCGUUUUAGAUUGUUGGGCCGGACAGAGGAAAUAAUCAUACCUUUGUCAGAUUGUGACAGUUAAAUUUGAUUGGCAGGGCUUCAUAAAUGUUUUAUACUGAAAUGGAAUUAAAACUCAUUUUUAUAAAAACGAA